UGAGUGCAUGCUAUUCUAGUGAUCUCGACUACAUGUUGCUUGCUCUCGUUCUCCAAUUCGCUGCAAUCGCAGCCUCACCGUCCGUCUCUCCCGUCUCUGCUGCCCUAGAGAGCGAGGAAUCUCGUUGUGAUCGCUUCGAGGUCGUCAACGACGAAUUCGGUGAUCUCCACCUGAAGGUACUUCGAAACGCCCAAACGAACGAGUCCGUGUCGAUCAUUUAUGAUUUCGGUGGACGCAUCGAAGAGAUCCAGCUGCGAUCGAAAGUGACGGGUAAACUGAAAUCGGUCAUAUGGACGCACGACCGCAAUGCGACGUCGGUGAGAGAGAACGGAAGCUGGAGGGGACAGAUCCUGUUGCCUUAUGCCAAUCGAGUGAACAAAGGGAUCUACGAGUUCGAGGAGACGUUCUAUCGCUUGCCAAUCGCCGAUUUCGAUCGCCAUCACGCCAUGCACGGUCUCAUAUACAACAGAACGCUUACGGUUGUCGAUCAGAUGGCUGGAGACGACGGGGCUGUUGUUAUUCUCGGUUAUAAUUUCACUGGCGAGGACUUGGGGUAUCCUUUCUUACUGGAAGUGAUCUUUACGUACAGUCUUCGAUCUGAGGGAUUUUUCUUUAAGGUUCGAGCGCGGAAUGUGAUGGAACGAGAUCCGUUACCGUUUCAGGUCGGUUGGCAUCCCUAUUUUCUUGUGUCGGUCGUGUCGGAGGCGAUCGUUACAUUCGAUCGGUCGACACUCUGGAAUCACGUCGACGUGAGUAAUAAUUCUAACGUCUACUCCGAUCUCAUACCGACCGGUCUCACACAUCUGUGGGACAACUUUACCCGUGGGACUCCAAUUGGGGGUACAAUGAGGCACCCGACGUUUUAUGAUGAUGAAUCCAAGGCCACAAAGCCACCUCAACUGAGUAGACAUUUUGUGACGAGUAUCUAUGAUCCUGUCACCUCGGAUGUGACGGUUCUGAGGCAAGAGGGGUUGGCGUUUCCGUUUCUGCAUGUGUAUACUGGAGCUGCGGGCAGUUUUGGAGUGCAGGCUGUGGCGUUGGAGCCCAUGUCGGGUAUGGCCGACUGCUUCAAUAAUAUGAACGAUCUGAUUGUGUUGAAUGGGUUUGAGAGUUGGGUGGGAGAGUUUAGUGUUAGAUUGAGCGAUUGAGUGUUGCAUAUAUGUUAUGUGUUGAUGGAAAUGGAGGAUUAGAGUAUAUGUGUAGAGGUGAGUAUCUAAGUUACAUGUGUGUUGAAGGUGUCGAUGUCAUGAAAGUGCGUGAAGUUGAAAUGAGAGAUAUGCUAGCUGCUGAUCUUAGCAAGGAA